CCAACCAAACCAAACCUACCAACUACCAACCACUACCAACAACUUCAACCACACUCACCAGACACAUCCACCAAACUCAGCAGAUAAGAAACAAGAUGAAGAACAAGAUCAACCACUCACUCGAAAAUGACGAAAUCAUCCACCCAAGAACUCUGCAUGACUCAACCAACAACCGAGCCCCAACCACACUCGAACAGAAUCCUCAGCCUCCCAACUCAUCCAUCACCACCAUCUCAUCUCAACCAACCACACGAGCCAGCUCACUCCUACCCACUCCUACUCGAUCCAUCCCAUCUAUCGACUCACUGCCCACCACAAUCACCACUCAAUCCACUCACACCAUCCACUUCCCAACCAUCAACCCUGAUCAUCAACCAAAGCAGCUCCACUCAACCAUCAGGCCCUCUCAAUCAUCACUACCACCCACUUCCCAACCAUUAAUCCAAUCCCUCGAACCCUCCACUCCCUCUCAGGAAUCAGAUGACAUGACCCCCGCACAGAAGAUCGCUCGUCAGGUUCGCAUCUCCUUCUCAAUCGCACAGCCACCACCAAUCUCAUCAUCACCUACAAAGACCACAAUCAAUCAUCAUGAGACCGAACCUAAGACCACACCCUCCUCAGCACUCGAAUCUCUCACCCCUGCCCAAGUCGUCGCUCAACAGGCUCGUCAGAUGGACUCACAACAUCCUGACCAACCCACUUCAAAAUCUCCUUCAAAACCUCAAGAAACAACUCAUCAUCUCAUCUCCAAUCCAGUAGGAUCUCUCCCCUCACAAGAACCCGCCUCAUUUCGUGUAAUCUCCGGGCGGAAGGGACUCCCCGGCGACGGCCAAGACAUGAUGGCCGUCGUAAGACCGCCACCUGACAGCUCACUAGCACCCGACAGGCCUCCCGAGCCUAAAAUCGUUAAACGGACCUCCAAAUUGGGCAUGAGUCGAGCAGGCACAAAAAAAAAUCUGCUUCUCCUUCCCACCUUGAAAUGUCGUUUUUUCUCGAGACGCUGACAUGUUUAAACUUCAUUUGAUUUGCCCAUCAGAACUCACAAGUCUCCUCAAUACUUUCUGCCUCGACCGAUCUCACCCCAUCCGUCCCAGCCGCUCUUCAUACCCCAUCCACUCCGCUGCCCUCAAACGCCACCAACCCCAACUCGAUCCCUUCCACUACUCCCUCGAUCCCCAGUCAUGUUCCCCAGGCUCUACCAUCUGCGACUUCCUCUGCCUCACCCACAUCACCCCCAGUCAUCCCUGUUGCAAUAUUUCCUACCUACAGUGACGAAGAUGAUAAUGGCUCGCUGGAAUACUCGGACGGUGGCCACGAGGUUGACUCGGCAGAAUUGGAGCCGGAAGAGGAGACAGACGAGGAAGAAGACUAUGAUUCCAACCCGCUAUACAUUGUUCUUUCUACCUCCCUUUCACCUCGACUCAAGAACGCGUAUGAUUCCGCAAAACUCGUCCUAUUGCCCACCCGUAGAGCCCUACCACUCGACAUGCCUCGCAAACUACCAGAUCCAACUCUUGAAUUCGAAUCCGAAUGGGAACAAUGGAUUGCUGCACAUACCUUUGUAUCAGCCUCAGACUCGACAAAUCCAGUUUCGGGAGGCAGUCUGACCAAGGAUCCUUCAAAGGAAGGCAUCGAGUGGGUUGGAAUCACAUCCAUGAAGGAUAAGAAAGUCAAUCUGUAUCUGAAACCAGGUACUGGCGUUGCCGAAGUCCGAUUAACCUACACCAAAGCAGUUCCUCCAACAACCCCCAACAAUCCUAUCCCUACGUCUAAGUCAUCCGAACCUGUCACUCAAACGGAUUUCUCACCGAUACGGCCGACUCUCGAGGGUGACCCACAUCGGACGAUUCGUGCCAAGGUGGGCCCAGACGAUACCGACUACGGUUAUCACCAUCCAUCUACCUUCGGAGAUUCUUUGACCUCACCACUCCCCACAAAUAAUCCCUCUCCUGGAAUUUCGAUCGAACGACCUCAGCUUCCAGGUAGCAAGACUUCACCAGCUGUUGCUGCCAUCAUUCGCUCCCCCUCUACCGCUACCGAAUCUUCUCUAGCAUUCACUCAAUCCUCUUCCGGCGUUUCACGUGCAUCGUCCGAAGGAUGGUCAGACAUGCCUGUUACACCACCUAAUCUGCUUACCUCCAUGGCUCCUCCAUCUCGCUCUGGAGUUUGUAAGAGUCAUCUCUCUAACACCUUGAAAGGAGUCGAAAACUCCUUGGAUGAUCCCAAAUCCGCCCUACCCCUGGGACCAGCUUUGACUGCUCCUCUGUUGAACCCGAUUUCGCUACCGAGUACAACGGUGACCAAGACUCAGACGGCAAAGAUCGUCUCGGAAGAAACUAUGUAUCGUUCCCCAUCCACAGUGUCACAAUCGAUGCCCCAAAAGUCGGUCCCGCAUGGCAACGAAACCUCAUCCACUCGGCCCACGCCUUCUGACAGUGGUCUUGAGUCAGCCCUAUCGGGUUCAAAGGCCAAGAAAGGAAAGGAAGUUGAGCAACGGCUUAGGUUCAAGGCACCCAAAUGGUUACGCCCAGGUGCUGCACAGAAGGAGAAGGAGAAGGAGAAGGAACGGCGCGAGAAGGCUGCAGCUGUUGCAUUGGCACGGCUUCGGGAGGAGCAGGAUCGCGAGCUGUCAUUGAUGACACGCACGGGCACGAAGCUCGAACGAGUCAGGCUGAUCAGUCUCAAGAGCCCAGUAAUCGAAUGUUGGUGGCAAAGUUCAGUGAUCGGGACGGAACAAACAGCCGACUCACUCGUCCAAGACGCAAGGCAGGAACCUCAGGAGCCUUGCAAGCAGUGCGAGUUUGAUAACCCGCCCCGAACGGGUGGAAUCUUCCCUUUCCCUAGGGCGCGUACAUCCACGGUCACCUCGUGUACGGAACAUCGCAGGACAACCAAUAGGAGCUCGGCUAGUCUCAGCCAACGCUCAACACUCUCGAGUACUUACCACUCACAAUCGAUGGGUAGGAGGUCGAGCAGCAUUCUAUUACCUGAGGACGAUCGCUCCAGUCGUCGGUCCAGCACCAGGCGCGAAUCCACCAAGAGGAGAUCGAGAAGAAUGCCCUCGGGUCUCUCGAUACUCAGACAUAGUGGAACAAACAAGUACAGGUCUAUCUUUGGUGAUUUUGCUUUCCUCUUGAGUCCUCCCGAAGAGUUCGGAGCCAUCACGUGUGGAAUCUUGAGGAAAAGUGUUAGUAAAAUCUGGAUGCAUUGUCAUCGAUUUUGUGAGACGGUGGUGUUUUUGAAAGGAUUUGAGAACUACAUGGUUUCGCAAUUGAAAAAUGAAAUCUUUGAGCCUAUCACUCAUGAUAUUCGAGAAGAUCUCAAGAAGCACGGUCAUGCCACCGUCGACUCCUGGGGUAACGAAGAUUGGGAACGGCUCACAAAUUUAGUCGAGAAUGUCUUGUUUGCCUUCUUGCAUCCAACGCUCUACUCUCGUGGCCUGUCUUGUCAUUACGCCAGCGAAGACGAUUAUUUAGAUAGCAUUCUACACGGUUAUCGUAAACGACGAAUCCCAUUGAGUGAAUUCGAGAUCGAACUGCCCGCGGCACUCCAGGACGAGAGCUUAUUGACAGAAGCUGUCGAGAAGCUGAAUGAACUUCGAGCCUAUGAAGGUGCUUAUUCAAGCCCCUCUCCACUAUCUCCGGAGAUCUUGCAACGGUUGUUUGUAGCGAUGGAUACAGUGGAUGAGCAGACGGUUUUGAACGUGCUGAUGGCUAAGACACCCCUCGAAUGUAUCUCGAUCAUCAAGCAGACCAUCGAUAUCCUCGUCUCCGUCUGGACAGAUGUCUCCACCCAAGCCGGUAUGGACGAAGAGGCUCGUAGGCUCACACCUGAUGACCUAUUGGCUCUCUUGGCUUCAGUAAUCGUGCGCUCUGGUAUCCAACAGCAACACUCAUUGAUUCAAUAUACCAAGGUUUUCAGAUUAAGUGGUUCGCUAACCCCAGAAACCGAUUGGGCUUUUGUGAGCUAUCAGGCAGCAAUUGCGUACCUGCAGAGCGAUCCAUUUUCUGUAUUGGAUUCCCAAUCUGUUCGUUCCCAGACCGGGAGUGUGAGAUCGAUGCCACCACACUCACCUUCCCUGGCCAGUACGUGGGCCCGACGUCGACCCGUUUCCUUUACGCCACCAACAACUAGUAGUAACGCGAUCACCAUCAGUGCUCGGUCUUCUCCGAGUGGUUCAAGAUUGUCACUGACUGAUCAUAUCCAGCCUCGUACUGCCCCACCCUAUACCCCAACGAUCUACAGUAACCAUCGACAGUCCUCUCGAGCCAAUUUAUUAAUGCGUUCGCACAAUCCCACCUCGAGUCUUGCGCUCGUCGAUCCACCCUCAGUGCGCUUAGAGGUCACCUCAGCUCGGCAUGAUCACUCUCGCUCGGUCGACUGUCUUCACACACACACCGCCACUGAAGCCCCUCAAUUCUCAUCAUCAUCUAGAAAGCUCAUUCUAACGCGGCCAACACUUACCCCGAUCAGCACGGUUGACCGCUCCGGCUCGACCCGACGGAUCGACACGGCUAUGUUAUCGGCUCCAAUGAUUGAUGGUGGUUUUGGAAGGUCAUGCUCGAACCCAUGGGAUUCAUCGCGAUCGCUUAGCUCAAUCGGUGAGAUCGUGACUGAUCCCUCAAGUAGCAUGGGCUCGACCAUCAAGCAGUCUGAGAGCCCCCACCACCACCACCAUCAUCAUCAUCAUCAUCAUCACCAACAUCCGCCGAUAAUGAUGCGGUCCAGUCUGAGCUCGCAAAGCGCAUCGAUCCCCAACCGUUCUUUCCACCAUCCGUUCUCUAAUGGGAUCGAGGUCCAGGCCGGGAAUAGUAGUAGUAGCACCAGUCCACCCCGGAGUGACAAGAACACAAGUCCAGUACUGUCGCGGAGGAAGACGGUGGACUGGGCAGGAAUGUGUUUUGCCAAGCCCUUCCCAGUGGAGGGGGGUGGUGAUUCGGAGGAAUGCGAUAGAUUGGGAGCGAGCCAGAGGAGCUCGAAGGCGAGUCUUUCCUUGCUUGGAUCGUCGAUCGGAGGUGGAGGACGGUUGGUGAAUCAUCAUGGUCGGUCUGGCUCGUUGACGACGAAGAGCGAGUUUGGGAUCAUGAUGGAGAAGGGGGCAGGGGCAGGCUCAGAUCUUCGUUUACAUCGGACGAUGACCGGCUCAUCCCUUGGCCCACUCUCGUCGAGCCUUGAAUUGCCCUCCCAAGACGCUCAACAGCAGUCCAGCGAAGGAUGGCUUGAAUGGGGUCGCAAACGGUUGACAAGUGUCACGAGUCUUAACUUGGCUGGCCCCGACCUAGGCCGGCCGAGCACCCGUCGAGGCUCAAUCUCGUCCGCCUCUACUCGUCCUCACGAACUCUCUUCUUCCCUCCACCAUCGUCCAUCUGCUGGUCAAACGAUGUCCCCGGCUAUGGAAGCUCUCAGUCGUGCUCGGGCUGCUAGCUCUCUGAGCAUCCAACGGCCUCCCUCCUCCUCUUCUUCUACCAUCUCUCUUCUCACUCGUGAACGAGGAGGACCUAUUGAAAAAGAUCAAGGACAACUGAUUGAAGACGAUGAUCAUCCUACUACUGCCACUAGUAAUCCUAAUAAUACUACCACCCCUACCAAUACUACUACUAAGACGACUCCAAGCACUAUGAUCCCUCUUCAACCUAUCUUCAGAAAACCCAAUCUAUCCCAUACUUCAUCUUCCUCUCCUUCCUCUCCUUCUGCCGCUUCUACCAAUCCCAACCACUCCAUGACUGCUAAUCAUCUCCUUCUUUAUCCUACCUCAAUCACCAAUCCGUCCUCUUCUUCUCUCUUUUCUUCUUUGAAUCAUUACCAUCAUCUUCCUCAUCAUCAUCAUCUACGUUCUAAUUCAAAUGCUCCUAAGAAUAAUAAUAGUAGUCAGGAUUGGAAUCUUAGUAAUAGUUCUUUGAAUACUUUGAAUUGAUCUGCCUCUCUCUUUUCUCUUCUCUAUCCCUCUUUCUCAUCUCUCUCUCUUUUUACUUUUCCCUUCUUUUGUUUACCUUCCUUUCUUUAUAAAGCCUUGCUUGAUUCCAAUGAUUCAUUUUCCAUUAAAGGCUCUUUUGGUUUAGUAUAGUAUAGUUUAGUUUAGGUUUUGUUUUCUUGGAUUAUUAUGACUAUUAUUAUUAUUAUUAUUCAACAUUCUCAAUCUCUCUCCUCUUACUGCUCUCUUUCUCUCUCUCUCUCUCUCUCUUGCCCUCCCUGUCUUUUUAAUUGUUUAUUUUAUUUAUCAAGAUCAAUAUGAUUAUAUAACUAAAACUACUUAUUUAUUU